CAUCAUAAAGUUUACGUGCUGCAUAAAUCCAGGCGUGUUUUUCACCUCCACCUAUCACGUGCUCCACCCUGUAGUUUCCCGUUCGAUUCCCGCGUUCAAACCAUGGUCAUCCAGCGCGUAUGGCGUUCGUCCUCUUCGGCAUCGAGCCAAUCCAACAACAGCAGCAACAACAACCCACUAGCCGCAGCAGUAGCAACAAGUCAAUCCGCUGAGUUGGCUCAAAAUGCGGCCGGGUCUUCCGAGUCGGAGAACAGCAGCUCGUCCGGUCAGCACACCGGCAGGGGACGUCCCAAAAUGAGUGGUGAGGCCAUGUUGGAUGUGCUGAAGGCGCGGUACUCGGGCAGGUCGUUUGCCAAUCAACCCUCGAACGACGCCGCGAUGAAGUCGCUGGAGCUGCUGCGGGCGAAUAUUCAGUAUUUGUUCGAUAAGGAGAUUGACGUGGUGAUUAAGAAGUUUAGCUCGUUGUUCUUCAUUCCGGCUAUCAAGAAUAUUAAGGAAAAUUUGGGAGAGUCGGCGGUGUCGGAAGAAACGUUGAAGAAUACGUACUGUUCGCUGCUGGAGAAUAGCAAGGCCCAGUACGUCGGUCAGAUCGCGUCCCCGGCGGAGAAUUCACUAUCGAGGGCAAACACACCGGGCAUGGAGUUGAGUGAUUCUGACUCGAGCACGGACAACGUAGUUCCGACUGGAACGCCAAGUCUUCUUCAGCAAGCAUUGAAGCGCAAGCUGCCAGAACCCAAUCAACCGGACACUUUCAAGCGGCAGUACUUCCUACAAGGAUCGCUCUACACCCAGAACCAUCAGUACUCGAUUCUGCAAUCCCUCGGAAAUGUCCAGGCGUCCCUUCCGUACCAGCUUCGUCCUUCAGUACUGAACCCAACCGUUUACUCAACCACAAUCAGCCCGGAAACGUUGUUCAUCCUAGACUUCAAGGCAGGUCGCGCCCUCGGGGUGUCCGACUUUCGAGAACGCCUCGCCAACAAGCACCCAGAAAUCCUAAGAUACUGUCCAGACAAUCAGGACCGCGAAUGGCUCCUCAACCAGAAACAAAUCUCUCCCCUAAACCGUAACGGGCGAUUCUUUCUGCUGGUCCUGGACGAGGUGAAGAAGCUUGCCGAGCGGAACCCCGAAUACGCGCCCUACCUAAAACUAGCCGACCUGCAGGGCUUCAAGCUGACCGAGUUCAUCUACGCCAAGGUUCAAAAGCUUAUCAAAGACAGCGCGGAAGCUUCCUCCACCGUAAAAUCCGUUCCGCCAACCAUCGUUCAGCAGCAGCCGCGGCCACGUGUCUCAUCGCUGAGUUCCUCCCACGCCACGUUGACGGCCCUGCUGGCCCAGCAGUCCCAACCCGCGGCAGUGACGACGACGACGACGACGGUGACUACGUCAGGUGGUGUUCCGCCGGCCAGUGUGGUGGCCACGGUGUCGAUACCGGAAAGUGGUGAAGUGGCCAAAUCCUAAAUUGAUGCACGGUGUUUCCUAUUUUCGAGUAUUGAGAAGUGAUAUUUAGGGAAAACUAAAAUUUUAAGGCUAUUUUAGAAACAAUCAGUAGUCGCUUGUCGAUGUGUACAUAUCAGCGUGUAAUCUUACAAAGUUACUAACCGGAUGUUGAUUGUGUGAAAAACCUUCUUUUAAUAUGAAAUUUCGUGAGUGUUCUCUUCAGGAUGUGUGCAGUUUGGGGUGUGCUAUGAGUGUUUUAAAAUAUAUAUUAUUAUUCAAUAAAGUAAUGUGCAAAC